GGUUAUUGUUCAAGCCCUCAACACGCAGCGCUGUACAGCGAACAAGCCAGUAACUAAUUUUAAACAGAACAAUAGCAACAAGCGAGACCGAAGUUUUAUGGGAAGAGUGCUGCAGCGAUGGACAUAGGAGAAUUACUAUCAUACAAGCCUCCAAACACUCCAAAGCGUCUCCAGGAUGAUGAUGAAGAAGAAGACUACGAAAAUGAAUUUGAAAGGCACCGUAAAAUAAAAAAGGUAUCGGUGUCGAAGAAUAACCAAAUUGAAAUAGACAGGUCUGAUAAACAAAAGAAAAUACAGAAACCUCAGGAAAUACUAAAUCCUGAUAUCACUGAAGAAGAAAGGGAGAAAAUAUUGAAACUAGUGGAGACUGAAACAGUUGAGGGAGAGCCUCUUGAUGAAGCAACUCUAAAACGGAUGAUUCUGCUAUUUGAAAAGAGAGCACUGAAAAAUCAGGAAAUGAGAAUUAAAUUUCCUGACAUGCCAGAAAAAUUUAUGGAAUCUGAGGUAGAAUUACAUGAAACAAUUCAAGAGCUGCAUGCAAUUGCUACUGUACCUGACUUAUAUCCUAUCAUGGUUGAACUGCAGGCCGUUCCCUCCAUGCUUGAACUUCUAGCGCAUGAAAAUACUGACAUGUCAGUGGCUGUGGUUGAUUUACUUCAGGAACUCACUGAUGUUGAUAUCCUUAAUGAGAGUGAGGAAGGAGCUGAGGCUUUAAUAGAUGCAUUGUUGAAUCAACAAAUUUGUGCCCUUCUUGUUCAAAAUCUGGAACGUUUGGAUGAAUCUGUUAAAGAAGAGGCAGAUGGCGUGCACAAUACUUUAGCAAUAUUUGAAAAUAUAACAGAAUUUCGUCCAGAGGUUUGUGCUGAUGCUGCGAAACAGGGUCUCAUGCAGUGGCUGUUACGCCGACUUCGCGUGAAAGCCCCAUUUGAUGGCAAUAAGUUAUAUGCUAGUGAGAUGCUCAGCAUACUGUUGCAGGAUACUCCAGAGAAUCGACAGUUAUUGGGAGAUCUUGAAGGCAUUGAUGUGUUAUUGCAACAACUUGCGUUUUACAAAAGGCAUGAUCCAACUUCAAAUGAAGAACAUGAAAUGAUGGAGAAUUUAUUUAACUGCCUUUGUUCGAGCCUGAUGUAUGCACCAAACAGAGAACGUUUCCUACGUGGAGAAGGCUUGCAGCUUAUGAAUCUUAUGCUGAGGGAAAAGAAACUGUCUCGAAAUGGCUCGCUGAAAGUACUUGAUCAUGCCAUGUCUGGACCAGAUGGAAAAGAAAAUUGUAAUAAAUUUGUAGAUAUCCUUGGACUCCGAACAAUCUUUCCAUUAUUUAUGAAAACUCCAAAGAAGAAUCGCAAGCGUAUACUGACCACUGAAGAACAUGAAGAACACGUGGUCUCAAUUAUUGCAAGUAUGCUGCGCAACUGUCGGGGACCACAGCGCCAAAGAUUGUUAAAUAAGUUUACGGAGAAUGAUCAUGAAAAAGUCGAUCGACUUUUAGAACUGCAUUUUAAAUAUCUGGAGAAGGUUGAACAGGUGGAUGCAGAGCUAGACCGCGAGCGAAAGGAUGGUGAGGAUGAAGAUGAUGACAGCAAUUACUUGCGGCGACUUGAAGGUGGUCUGUUCACAUUACAGCUUGUAGAUUAUAUUAUAUUGGAAGUAUGUACAGGAGGUCCCAGCUCCAUCAAGCAGCGAGUAACUCAGAUCCUGAAUUUGAGGGGUGGCUCAGUGAAAACAAUAAGGCAUGUUAUGAGAGAGUAUGCAGGAAACCUUGGAGAUGCAGGUGAUACGGAUUGGAGAGAUGUCGAACAGCAACAUAUACUCCAGCUUGUAGACAAAUUUUAACUUUAGUCACUUGAUUUGUUUUGUAUGUAAAUAAUUGAAAGUGACUUGUAAUAAAGAUUUUGUUAUAUUUUUUUA